AUGAAUGAAGUCGACGUGCUCGCGUUCAUACGGGUCGCCUAUCCGAUAUUCGCAGUUUCUGUGCUCGUUUCGCAGGUUCUUCUCCUCUUUUUGAUAUUCAAGAAUCAGACGAAACUUUUGUAUUCGAUGCGGAUUUACCUUCUGAACAUUUGUGCCGCGCAGGUGGUCACGAUCAUCUCUGGAUUCUUGACGCAGUGCAGAAUGGUCACCAAUCAUACCACCGUCGCUUUUGUCUGUACUGGGAUAUGUACGAGAGUGGGGAGAAACACGUGCUUCCUGCUCCAUUUGCUCAGAGAUGUAAGUUUUUUCCACCGUAAUUUUAUGAAUCUCGGAUUCUCUAGGCUUCUUCAAUGGUCGCUCUCUUCGCAAUUGUUCACGUCUUUUACUAUCGAUACAAGAUAUUAUCCCAUCGGAAACUGACGUCCGGACAGGUCGUCCGCAACUUCAUUCUCGUCCACUUGCCAGCCCUUUUCUGUGCCAUUUGCCAGUUCAUAAAUCCUUCGCAUCACAAUGCAAUUGUGCUCGAAACUCGGGCUCUCCAUCCCUCCUAUCUGUUCGAAUUGAAUUCCGUUUUCGGCUUUUCGGCGCUCCGCUCUCCGGCCGUCAAGGCUUCCACCAUCAUUUUCACCAUCGUUCUUUUCCUAAAUCCUCUGGCAGCUGUCAUAUAUCGGAAGUGAGUAUCCUUCCCAUUUACCACGUUCUUUUUCGUCGUUUUCAGUAAGAUCUGGGUGCUUUUGAACGAGUACGAAGAGUACAAUUCUCGGCGGAUCAAACACGCGAAGAGCAUGAUCACAGGGCUCACGAUCCAGACGCUCGUUCCGAGUAUCUGCUUUCUUCCGCUGAUAGCACAAUUUUUCGUCACGCAGUACUCAGGUGCGCUGGAUUUCAAUCCAAUUGACCAUCGACCGACCAAUGAACGAUUUUGCAGAUUCGGGAUGCCUUCUACUUGAGUAUCUCAACUCUUUUCUCGUGAUUCUUCCCACACUUAUUGACCCAAUACUAUCAAUUAUUUUUGUGAUACCUUUCAGAAGGUACAUAUUAUAGUUCAAAACGGCAACUUGGAAAACUUGUUUCAGAAUGCUCUUCAAAUAUCUUCUGGCAGUCCGUCAAUGCCGGUUCAGUAUCUCGAAACUUUCGGAUGAAGUUGGAAACUCAAAGAACGGCACACAUUUGUAUUCGGCCGUCCGUGUGAACUCCCGCAAAACGUGA